GAAACGAUGAUGCGCAAAAAAGACCUGAUCCAGUCUAUGGCGCGUUUCUAUGGGAAGAUGAACACGACUUCCCAGCAGAAUAAAGCGUGAUUACACCAAGGACCGGUUCCGUCACCCUUUCCCCGGCCAGGUCCACGUCCCCAGACGUCGGAGAAGGGGUUGGGCCGCGCAGCGGGGCUUCUGAAGCUGCCGAAAGCCCCAGGCAAAUGCGGGCAGCCAGUGGCUACGCGGUCUCCUAGCGACAGGGCGGCGGCAGGGCACACACACCGCCCCGGGCGGUGGCCGCGGAGCUAGGGCCAGCAUGGCGGACAGCAGGCGGCGGCUCGGGCCGGGGACGUUGGCCCGGGCGCCUGAGGGCGUGAACUGCAGGUCCGGGAGUUUCACAAAGCACAAGAAUGGGCUGAAGUUCCCCACGUCCCUGAACAGCCGGCAGUGGGUAUUUCUAAGAAAGGCGCCGGAUGACUUCAAGAAGGGCUGCCCCCCUUGCACCGGUCUGGCCACUCAGGUCCCUGAGGAGGGCUUUCUGCCCCGGAUUUAUCACAGAGCUCCCCAGCUGGACCCAAAGAAGAGGCAGAUCAAGCUGCCCAAGGAAGCAGACCUGCUUUCCAAGCUCUCGCCAGCCCAGCAGGCUCGGAAGGCAUUCCUGGAGGAUGUGGAGGCCCGCCUGACCCCACAUCCCUUGGCGCUCCACCCAAAUCUGGAAGAAGCUAUGCCUGUAGAGCUCUUAUUAAGCGUGCUGGAAGUGCUCGAUCCUGACCAGAAGCUGGAGGACACAUGGGCUUAUUGUCAGGAUUCAAGGAAGGGAAUGAAGGAACCCACAAAGCUUUUAAAACAAUGUUCUACCCAAGUCUACCUGGGACCUUCCAAGAAGACUUCUGUGUCAAAUUCAGGCCAAUGGCUUUAUGAAGAAAAUCCACAUAAAAUGGAUUUGUCCCAUGAAAAUAGUCUUCGUCUUCAUGAAAAUGUACGCAAAGCAGUUAGUGACUUCUGCAGCUGGGUUACUACUUUUGGAAGUUCGGCCAUUGAUGAAGAGUUCAUCUUGAAACAGUUUGAUGUUGACUAUCAGACUGAACCAAGCCAUGAUGCGCUCCACACGGUGAGGCUAAAUCAGGUUCCUCUGGAGAUAAAGCAUAGCUCCAGUGUGGGGCUCAGUAAACUGCAGGAGCCAGAGUUCUUCCAGAAACCAGGAUACGAGAUGAAACUCCAGAAACCACAGAAUCCUUGUAAGCCAAAGUGGGUGAAGAUGAAGUAUAGAGCAUGGUAUUUGAACCCCAAGUUCUGGAAAAAGCAAAGAGCUGACGAGCCUCUGGUUGACCGUGAGGUCCCACAUAAAGCUCAAGAGAAGAAUUUUAAAAAGGAGCUUCAGGAACAGGAGGAGUCACUUGCAGACCUUCAUGGAACAGUUGCCUUUAAGGAUUUCAUUCUAAGCAGGGGCUACCAGAGGCCACGUUUCCUUGAGAAUAUGUAUAUAGGGAAGGAAUGUAAACGUGCAUGUAAUAAGUCUCCUAUAAAAUGAACUCAAGCAUAG